ACGGUUCCGCGCAAAAGCCGCCUUUUGCUUGGACUUCAACAGCAACAAAGCAACAGCGUACUGAACAACGCUGCAGAUAACCGGGAUACGCGAAUUUACAAGAUCGUCGAAUCGAGUUUGCCACUAUUGCUAGCGAUGAAACCGAUCGUAGAACAGCGUAACAGCCUGCGUACGGGAUCGGAAAGUUUGGUACGGUCAGCAUCGGAUUCACCUUCACCGCUGCACCGAUACAAUCUGCGAAGCAAAGGUCCUCCCCGAUACGUCCAAUUCUCCGACACGGAGUGUCCCAUUUGCCUCGAAGACUAUAAAGCGCCGGUGAUAGUAAACUGUGGCCAUUCGUUUUGCAGCAAUUGCAUCGAGAGGUGUAUUAAAACGGGCAUGGCUGAGAUAUGUCCCAUCUGCAAAGAUAAGCUAGUUCGGCGGCUAUUCCUGUACAAUUCCGAGUACACGAAGCAGGUCCUGACAACGACAAAUGCGGAACAUCGAAAAAGUGUAGCCAACGUACCGAAGGCUCCAAAUGGAAAGCAAUCCACAUCCAAACAGGCGGAUAGACGAACGGUUAUAUGAAAGCGAAAGGUGCGUUUGAAACGAGACACCCCUUAUUGCCUUUGCCCUCUUUGGUUCGAGCGUCCUGGGCGGUUGGUUGGUUGGUGAUGUACAUAACGUAGCGGUAGGAGGCUAAAAGAUCUGUUUGUUGUUUUUUCGGCUAAGUUACGCGUUCCUUUAGUCCGUUAUCGAAAGAUGCAGACGCUAGCGGGGACGAAAUUGCCUUUGCUUGUAAAUACUUGUAAUCCAACUAUGUACAUUUCAUCAGCUGGAUGGAAUAAGGGAUCAAAUCGCAAUUUAUAAUGUUGAAGUUUGUCGAAUUCUGAACACCGUGUAUGCGGUUGGAAAACACCACAUAUGUCUCUCUCUCUCUUCCAUCAGUAUGUGAUUACUAUACAACGUUUAUAGUUCAAGUAUCAUAAUAAUAAUAUUAAGAGGGUGCUAUUGUGCCAAUGUUACAACAAGCGCGUACUUAUUCUGGCCCUCGUAUACAGGGGAGGUUAUACAGUA